GGUGGCCAUGCCUUCUGUUGAUGAGACCAUCGCCACGCAGCGCGAACUUCUCACAAAGGCUCUUCAACUCCUCUCGACUGCCAUGGACUUGCAAGGAGAUCUCGAGCAACAGCUGUCGGAGUCUGCCCGCGGGGUCCAGAACGCUCCAAGCUACCCCCGUUGCGCUCUCUCCUGGACACCAUUGCGAAGACAUCUGCUACACAUCGACGAGCUCUUCGAAGGGCCCGAGCGAAAGCCAGAUUCCAGUGGCAUCUACAUCGUGUUGGACUACGUCCUCUCGAUCAGUCUGCUCUACUUCGCUUGCGUGCUAUUUUCUUGGUGCACAUCACAGCCGGGAUUUGCGGUUCCUUGCCCGUAUCCAAGGCGAAAUGUCGAGCUCCAAGCCUGUCCCAUGGAGAUGCAGAGUUUGCAAGAAAAUGGCAAAGCCAUCGAUGCCUCGUUGUGCCUGGUGCGGCAAGACAUGGCAAGAGGUCCUCCUGCUUUUGUGCAACAGUGUAUGGCGCCACCGCCGCCACCACCUAUGCCCAAAGCCGCUUUGGUCUCACCAGACCAAGUGUGGGUGCAGCAGAUGCAACAGAUGCCAGUGUUGGAUGGUAUGCACUCAGCAGUGAUGCAGCCCGGCCAGUCAUCGGCGCAGCCAUCACAAGCCGAGAAGCACUUGCAGAACAUUUUGGGUGCGCUGCGCAAGUCAGAAGACACCUGGACGCCCGAGGUACAGAUGGCGGUCCAGGAGGUCAAACUGGAAACCGAAGAAGUGUCCUUGCAACAAGUUCAGAACAGUGCGGCCGAACUCAGGCAUGCGAGAAAAGCAGUGGCCGAUGCAGAAGCAGCACAGCUGCGCUUGAUUACCUCAUGGCGCACAUUUCUUCAGUACAGCGUUGCACGCUGGCAAGAGUACAAUCAACUUUUCCAAGGACAGGAGACAGAGGCUCAAACCCAACUUGCUGCUGCCAAAGAACAACUGCACAAUGCUCAGAAGAAGUUUGGAGAAACGUCGGAAGCCAUUCGUUCUGGAGCUGGCCAUCAUGUCAUCUCCGACGACGAUGCAGAGAAUGGCGAGAAGACGACUCACGACGACGAGAUGAAGGACGAGGCCACGCAGAAGAUUGCCAUUGGUUUGACGCAGGUUGUCAGCUCAUUGCAACAACUCUCCGAGCAUGCCGAGGCGGAGGAGCGCAAGUCCAAGAGGCUUCGCAAGGAUGUGGAUGGAGACGAUGGCACUGUUGUGCACAAGUCUUUGCCCUCCAUGCAACCUUUUGGCAAGGUUGAGUUCGUUUCUCCAUGGGCGGCCCUUCAACAAGCAGAAGAGUUGGCAUUUGAUGUUGGGUAUACCAAUGCCAUCAGAAUCGACUUAUGUCAGCUGCCGAAGCCGAAGCGCUCUGCAGCCAAAUUGUCCUUUGACCCCAUGGUGCAGGUUCGGAUCCUUGACGAUUGCACAUUUUUGGAGCGCACUCAGGAAGCUUUUGAAGAUACUCUCCCCUGUUGGCCCUCCAAACCGUGGUCGCUUGCAGAUCCUCGCACAUUUGACUAUGACUACUGUGUUGACAUUGCUGCUUGUUCAGAUCAACUUUCUUUUAUGCAAGUUGCGCUGCGUCGUGAAUUGCCUCCGGAAGCAUGGAUGCAAGUUCCUGGGCAUCCCACAGAGGCCAGAGCGCAUCGUGCCCUUGCACCUGUUCCUGCAGACAACCUUGGUCAACAUGAUCCACAUGAUGCCGAGAUUGAUGCACAUGAUUUCAAUGAUGCUUCCUCUACCUCUUCUCACACUAUGCAGAGUGUUUUUCUUUACCACCUUGAUGAUCCGGUCAUUCAUGGUCGCAUUGAUUGGACAGACUUUGACGACAUGAUGCACGAUGCAGCGCGGUUGCUUCAGGUUGACCGUGAUCACUUGGUUGCUCUGCAUGAAAUUUCAGUUCCACUGGACGAUGUACCAGGAGAAACAGUUCCUCUCAUUGCGCAGCUUGAUGAUGAUUUGGAAGCUGGGGAGCCUAGCAGGUUGUGCUUGGUUGACUAUGAAAUCCAUGGACAUGCUGUCGAAGCACAUCAUCGUACAGCUUCAGUUGUUGAGAGACAAGUUUUGAUCACUCCAACACCUGCUACGAUCCAAGCGAUUUUUCAACGAGCUGGUAUUGAUGUGUAUUGUGCAAUUGAAGACAAUCGAUGUGUCAUGUUUCAUAACCAUCGACCUGUGCUUUCUCAGCGAGCUCCCAUUUUUCCAGUAGCUCACGGUGACUUCUUGCGGCUUGUGAUUCCGCCUUCAAUGACAUGCCCUGAGCCCACACAGCUACUGCUCUUGCGACGUCAGGCUACGUUGGAUGAACCGAUUGACUCAGAUCCAAGUGCAUCACCUGGUUCUGGAUAUUCUCCUAGCCUUGUUCCGUCAGAAGAGAUUCGACAGCAAUUUGGUCAAGUGGAUACAGAUGAUUUGCCUCUUCUACAGAUUCGAUCUAUGCCUUGUCGUGCCGUAGUUGAGCUCCCGUCGAAGAACGGAUGUCUAGCAAGUUUGCCAGCUUCAUCACGAUCUCCGGAUGCAGCUCCUCGACCCCUUGGCUGUAGCUUCACAGACGAAUUCCUGGCUGCCAUCAGAGCGCGCCAACAAGCAGAAGAGCCAUUACCUGAUUUUGAUGACCCACGUCCUGACAUUGAGUUCAUGCCACGUUUCAUACAGAAUCUCUUCGCACAGUGGACCCAAUCUGCCUCCGUUGGCCCAGGAGGGAUGGAAAUGCUGGGCCGCGUUGAAACUUGGUACAGUGAUCACUGGAGACAGCAAACCUGUUAUCAUCCUCGGCAGGUAGUUCUCAGUCGAGACUAUCACAACUGGGAAGGACAGCUCAAAGCUGCCUGGUACGAUCGUGUCUUGAACACCCUGCCGGUUGAAUUUUACUUGGUUCAUCCUCUACCGGAGGAUGCUGCUCCCAAUGUUUUCGCACAAGUUAUCCUUGUCCAGCAGCCUGACCCACGUCAGCGAUCGGUUAUUCUUACAAUCACUGACAGUCAUCAUGAUGAUGGACGCCCACACAGCAAGGCCAUUGUGACUCUUGAUCAAGUUCGUCGGGACAACAUCUUGUUCGCUGGCCUCAUGCAUGAUGAUUGUGAUUACGUCAGCUUGAUGAUGAUCAGCUCCGCCAUCGUCUUGCUGAUUUGGUUGCCCCUUCCCACCUUGCUGAUGAUUCUGACCCUUCUGAUGCACCGCUCCAUCUGCCAGAUUGGAUUAAUGCUCUUCAAGUUGCGUUUGACAAUUUUGCUGCAAUUGAACUUGAAGAGGUUGAUUCCAUACUUGUAUUUCGUUGAUCCGCGGCCUCCGAUGAUGCCCACUCAGUCUUACAUUGGCCAUGUGAUUGUAGUACAGGACCCGGUCCCUGACAGGGUUCCCAUUCUACUCACAUGUCGCCUGCCGCACCAUGACCAUGAGAUCUUGCAGCAUGCGGCCAUUGCUGUUCCCGAGAUCAUGUCUAGCCAGCAGAUCAUUGAUUUAGUGCAAGCGACUCGGCAUUUCCAUCAUGGUUCGUGGCAAGUCCGUCGUGGCACCCUUCUCUUCUCCCGAGCAGGUGGUUCUCGAGUUGGGCAUGGUGACAGUUUGAUUGUUGAACCGACACAUGGUGCACUUGCUCCAAGCCUUCAUCAACCGAUUGAUGGUGAAACAACUUCUUUCUUGCAAUAUCCACGAAAGCUGACUCGUGCUACUUCUGUUUCAGAGGUGCCUCACCCUGACUCUGAUGCACAGCACUGCUGGGAGCGCCUAACAACUGAUGUGGUGGCUCAAGCUCAGUGGCCCCAGGAAGUACCUCCUUCUCAUCGUUCAGUGCCACCUCAUCGUAUCUCCCUGGACGCAUUGAUCACGCAAGAAGUCCCUUCGAUCGAUGUCCCUUGCGAUGAAAUCCAGCAGCUGGCACAGCAGAUGUUUCUUCUCGAUUUGGGACCAAACCUGCCAUUUGCGAGUGUUGUCAAAUGGCAUGACAGUACCCUCGCAGCGCGCUCUGCUUGCCCUGACUGGCAUGGGUCGCCUCCAUUGAGGUUUUGGUUCUACACCGAUGGCGCAUCAUGUUAUGCCUCUGAUGCAGGACGUCGUUUUGCCUCUGCUGCUGUUGUUCUUCUCAUAGAGACUGCAGACGGGAUGCAUUUUGGUGGCUUUCGACCUUUUCUUGUUCCUAUCCCUGCGACGGCCCCAUUUGCAGAACAUGUUGCGAUGCUGAUUGCUCACUUGUGGUGUUUGCAAAUGCAUGAGUGGUGUUUGACAAUGUAUGGAUAUUGGAGCAUACCAGUGACGUUUGCAUUUGACUGCUUAGCCGCUGGCCAUGCUGCCUUGGGAACUUGGACAUGCCCGCAACAUCAAUCUGUUCAUCGAUUGACACAGUCGUUGACAUAUUGGAUGCAGGUCCGCUAUGCUUGUCAGCACUCCUACAUUCAUGUUCGCAGUCAUCAAGGUGAUGCAUGGAAUGAGGCAGCUGAUGCUGUCUGCUGGGCAGCCCUUCAUGGAUGGAUCUCUGCACCUGAUUUCGCCGCCCUUUUUUCGCAACACCUUGAAUCACAUUUGUGUGCUGCUGAAUGGUUGGGGUAUUGUCACUAUGCCAGCAUCGGCGCCAUUGGCUAUCCUUCUAUCAAGAAUGCCUUCUUUGUGUACCAUUUGCCCCUUGAUGCUCCUGCACCUGAUGCUUCUGGUCAUACCCUUGUUGCACGUGAUUCCGAAGCCUUGGAUGCACCAGUUGAAAACACUGAGGUUUUACUGCGAUGCUCCACUGCAAAUGUCCUCACUCUAUAUACCACGCAGCAUGCCAAUGGUGGCUUUAUGUCAGCUCGUCAUGAAGCUUUGAUGAAUUCCUUUCACCAGCUUGGUGUUCAUGUGGUGGGAGUGCAAGAGACACGUUCCAAACUUCAGGGACAUCAUGCAGCUGAACAUUUUCACGUCUUGUCGGCCUCUGCACUGCGUUCUGGUCAUUGUGGUGUUCAACUCUGGGUUGCCAAAAAGAUUCAAGUGCGAGAUGGCCACCUUGUUGUUUGUGCUUCACAUCUCCGAGUUCUCCAUCAAUCUGCUCGCCGCUUGAUUGCUCGUUUAGCAGUGGAUGGGCUACGCAUCGUUUUCAUUGUAGGUCAUGUGCCGUGUGCAGAUGAGUCUGCGGCCCAAUCUUGGUGGACUGACACUUCUGCAUUGAUUCCAGAAUCAUAUCGGUCUUGGCCUUGUAUCAUGCUUGUUGCGGCCAAGCGGCGCAACAACAUCCGCUGCGUUGGCCCAGCUACAUGUGACAUUGUUUCUCACUUUGAUGCGCUUGAAGCUGGUGAAGUUGUUUCAUAUCCUCAGCUGCUCAGCUCAUGCCUUCCUCGUCGAUUGUGUGCAGUUCUGGAAGAUGCUGGGCUUGAUGUUGCUCAGUUGCAGCGCGACAUUGUGCCUCAUGGAGCUCAAUUUCAAAAGCAUCCGAAUCAGUGCCUUCAACGAGCAGUACAAGAUGCGCACAACUCUACAUGGUAUGUUGUUGAUGGUCAUGCAGAUUGCCACCAGACGCACCGUGGCUCAAGACCAGGCAGCCCUCUGGCUGAUAUUGCUUACAAUAUCACUAUGACAGGUGUGCUGCGCGACAUUGAAGAAGCGUUGUGGAACAAUACUGCGCUUUGUACUGCUGCGGCUCAGCUGCCAAUUUUUCCACCCCUGACCACUUGGGUAGAUGAUUUGGCGAUUCCUGUGCCUUCAAUCUCUGCUAGUGCAUUGGAUUCUCAAGUGUUAUUUGUGCUGAAGACGGUUGAUGACACCAUGCGAUCCUAUGGAUUGGAGCUCAACAUGCAACCAGGCAAGACCGAGCUUGUUUGCCAAUAUCGAGGAGUUGGUUCUACUACUUGUCGUCAUCGACGCUUUGUAGAACAUGCAGGACAACUACCUUUGCCAUGUGGCCGCUCACUGCGUGUUGUUGCACAAUACCAGCACUUGGGCACCGCUUUUCAUCAGAGUUUGUCGAUGCGCAAUGAGCUUCAUGGACGCCUUGGUAAAGCAUCUGCAGCUUACAGGCAACUGUCUAGGCUUGUUUUUGGGAACCGCAGGCUGAAACCUACAGUCCGCUUGCAACUGCUUGAAUCGUUGGUGCUUUCCAUUCUUUUCCACGGAGCUGGGACUUGGCCGCUCUUGAAUUCUCGCCUCUAUGCCAAAUUGUCACAUGCCAUUAUUGGUUGGCAACGCCGCAUUGUGAACGAGGGCUUUUGGAGUUCUACGCGAUUACCUGACGGUGAGUUUCAAGCCAAGUGGCAUCUGAUGCCUUUGUCUACACGAUUGGCGAAGCAUCGGCGUCUGGUUCGUCGUGCUGCGUAUCAAGACCUCCUAGCCUUCGAGAUGAAAUCCAAGAUUGUGGAUCUCUACAGCAUUUGCAGCUCCAAUGGAGUCCAAUUUGAUGACCUUCCAGCAGAGCCGAUCCAAGGCAAUCGUGAUGUAUAUCAAUGCCAUGUGUGCACGUCCUGCUUUUCUACGCUACAAGGAUUGCAAGCGCACCAAUGGCGCAAACAUCAACUGUUUUCUGAGGAAAGGCGCUAUGUCUAUGACUCGACACGCAGAGCGUGCAAUCGCUGUUUUUGGACCACUCAAAGGCUGCAGCAGCAUCUGCGAUGGAGUCGACGACAUGUUCAUGGAUGUUUCAAUGUGCUGCAGCGCUACUUUACCCCUUUGUCCUUGCCAGCAUCUUGCCCGCUCCCGGACUUCGCUGUUGGUCUCCAUCGCCUUCCUGUAUCUACAGUGUCUGGUCCACUUCCAGAUGUGAUGCCGACUGUUUGGGAACGUCAGCAGAAAGAUUUGCGGCAAUCCUUGCAAGACCAAUGGCAGAGAUGUGGUUUUCCUGAUGCCUUAAUGCCUACCGUGACAUCUUUGGUUUCUCAGACGCUUUUGAAGGUGACCAAUACAUGGAUGCAAACCGCUGAUCCAGAGCAAGUUUGUGUUGAUGAUGUACUUUUUCAAUGGAUGUCACCCCUUUCAGAGCUGCCGGAUCUGCAUGCUGUGGAUGAGCAUCAAGUGACGUGGGCUCUGUUAGAAUGGGGGCAACGAUGUCUUCCUGACCUCAUUGACACGAUUGAAGACCCAGACUUUCAGAUAUGUCUUGACAGUGCUUUCCAUGAGAUAACCAAGAUGUUUGACAUGUGGGAUCUGCUGAUGCAGUUUGACAAGCUCGAUCGUGCCGUUGAACCUGAUGCGUCAGUUCUGCUACACGAACCAACUCCUGAUCGUCGGCGAUUUCAUGACCAUGAACCUCAUUCCCGGCUUUAUCAUGAUCCUGAGGAAUUUCUGCGACGUGUUAUGCCGCCUGUCCUUGAUUGGCCUCGCCAACCUGGUGUCCCUUUGGUGCAUGGGUUUCAUAAGAAACCCACGCUGUUUGUCUUGCACAUGUUCUCUGGUAGGCGCCGUGCAGCGGACUGUCACGACUGGAUUGAGCGAUUGGCUGCAGAAUACUUUCCUCAUUUGCAUGUGGUAGCCGUCUCUAUGGACACAGCGGUGCAUGGUCAACUUGGAGAUCUUCUCUCCGGUUCCAACUUUGACCAUUUGGUUGCAUUGGCUGAUGGCCGCUUCUUUGGUCUGAAUUUAACUGGGCCUCCAUGCGAAACAUGGACAGCAGCACGCCAUAUUGUGUGUCAUGAACUUCUUCGGCGUGGACCCCGACCUCUACGUUCGUGUGCCCGACCGUGGGGGUUGCUGGCGCUCUCGUUAAGGGAAUUGCGCCAACUGGGCACAGGUUCUCAUUUGAUGCUCAACAGCCUUGCGAUUGAGCUCCGCGUGUGCCUGGGGGGCGGUGGAAGCGUCAUGGAGCAUCCUUCCAUCCCAGACAACGAGGAGCUUGCCUCUAUUUGGAGGACGCCGCAGCACAGACACCUGGUCAUGCGAGCCCCUGAAGCCCAAUUGGUCUACAUCGAGCAGUGGCGUUACGGGGCCGAAAGUGUGAAGCCAACGAUCCUGAGAGGCCUAGGACUGCCGCGUUUGGCACGACAUUUGCACUCUUGUCGGUGCCCUGGUAUGGUGAGACCCACCAAAGUUUUAGCAGGCUUUGACCAUGCCAAGCAGCGUUUUAGGACUGCAGCUGCAAAGGAAUACCCAGCAGGGCUCAGUGAAGGCAUUGUUCGCUCUGCCUUCCUGUCCCUGCAGAUGCGACUAAGGAGCAAUGCACCUCAAACUGUACAGUGGCAAGACUUCUCCAGCAGCGACCGUAAGUGGGUCCA